CUAUGGUAGCAAUUCAUAAAACAAAUCAAAAGCCAUUAAACCACGUACUUCCACGAACAACAUCAAAUGAUGAUACCAUUAGUAAUCUAACAUGAUAUUGUAUUAGUCUAAGCAGUAAAAUGGACCGUGGAAAACAACUUUCGCCUAAUGAAAGCGAUAAAGUAGCUCGACAUCGCAAUUUGAUGCACGAAAUAGCUCUUCAAAAACAAAUAAGCGUUAUACAAAGAGAGGGUCGAAUAUUAGAAAGAGAGCUUCGUGAAAUAACUAAAGUAAAAAAGACUUUGAUGCAGAUAAGUGAUCCACUGAGAAGGAGAGUUGUUCAGGCUCAAAGAGAAGACAUCGAUGAACAAGAAUUGGUAAACAUGAGAAACAAAGCCACAGUACUUUAUGGCUUACCAAGACAAACAAGCUCAAGCCUAUGCCGCCAGMAUMGUGCAAGUCAUGAUAAAUCCAAUAAUGGUCUAUUGAAAAAAGAAGUGUUGUUAAAAAGACGAGGGUCUUGUCGAACAAAUUCAAUAUCUAAAAGGGAGCAAUCAAAGCCGAAUGAAAUUUUGUCAAACAGCAAUCAUAGAGGAUCGAACUCAAAGAAGACUUUGGAAAGUAGCACUUCUUUGCCAGCGAUAAGCAGUCAUUUAACAUCAAAAUUAACAAAAAGUGAAUGUGGCGUUUCAGAUGAGAAUCAGACAGAGCAAAAACGCUCAGAAACGUCCAUGACCGCAACACCAUUGCGAAGACGAAGUCUAACUUUUCCACAGCCUCCGGCAACAUCGCUGGGUCACCGGAGUGGAGAACAGCGUAAUAAUAACGAUGCCAGUUCAUUAACUAUGGAGGAAACAUUGAGAAUCAAAGGAAAAUUUCGUCAAAUCGGUCAUUCAAUAAUAGCAACGGCUUUAUUAAAAGGUCUAAGGCAAAGAGGACAGUUGACGUCAGAGGCAAUCCAUAAUAUGCAUAAACCCAUCUCGUUUGAUGAGAAAACGGCAGCUAGUGAUGAUGGUGAACAGAAUGCCGAUGGGGAAAAAGAGGUUUCGACACCUCCGAACGGUUUACAAAAAUUCCGUAAUUUGGCUCGUAAAACAAUCAAUGUAAACACUGUUCUUAGUCUUAAAAAACAAACAACGGAUAUUAAACCAACAUGCACUGACGAUGAACCAUCGGCGCCGCAGCGUAAGCUUGGGAUAGCUGGUGUUGCGCCCGUGACUGCAGUUCUAUCAAAACAAACAGACCAGCCAAGUCGUCCAUUAAUGAAUGCAUCUACACAAGAACGAAGGAGAAAGACUGGCAUUGCAGGGGUCGCUCAUGCUUUUAUGUUAUCGAAGGCUUUGAAUAACCCCCUCGAUGAACCUCCCAAACAAGAAAAAACCGUCUGCUUUAUGCAAGGAGCUUGGGAAUAACACAACAUUCGAUGUUUCAAUCAGAAAUAAAAACGGGAAAAAGUCAAAGUCGGAUGAAAAAAUAUAUAUUCAAAAACUGUGCUGAAUCCUUCAUAAAAGGCAUGUAAAACAAAGGAAAGAAAUAAAAGUGCGGAGAAAUGUAUUUUCGAUCUCAUUUCACCUUAUAGCUCUGCAGUUCUUAUAGCUUAGAUUUACGGAGUUAGGACAAGUAAACCCACAAAAAACACAUAAUUGUGAAAAAGUGUACAGGGUGCACCGGACAAAUGCUAAGAUGUUUUAACGGAAUAACGAUGAUGUUACACUAGGAUYGUGGAAAAACUUUAGUGCAAAUUUAGUUAUGGCGAGGCAAACCUAAUUCACAAGCCUAGUAUUGAUACAUUGAGCUUCUAAAUGAUAUAUAAAAUUACCAUCACGCUUUUCAGAAAGGAUUGGGGAAUUACGAAAAAUGUGCGAGAAGCAUUACAAUAACCUUAAAACGAAGAUUCGGACGACGAUUUGUCGUGUUUAGUGUGUAUACUGUUCUGAAGGGAUUUCAAUAUAAGURAGAUUAAGCACUGUUUAUCGAAUGGUGUUUAUUGUCAAGAUAUACGAUAUUGAUGAUAUCCAAUAAUAUUGAACUUAUCACUUAACAAGUCU